CCACUAAAUAGCAAUCCUCUUUUAUUACUAAUCAUCUAAGGUAACCAUUCUUAACAAUUUCAACCCUUGUAAUGUAAGCGGCCAAACUACUUUAACGUAAUCUUCAUUCUCAACAAUUUAUAACCCAAAUCAAAUGGUAUGAUUCAAUGUAAUCAAACUAGAAUGGUUGAUGUAAAUUGAGAGUAAUAAGAAAUUGUUGGUGGCAUUUUGAUGAUAUGGGCACUAACAUUAACAUGGCACACUUCCCACAACUUCAACCUAUUAAAACUCCUUUGCUCAUGGCCUCCAUAUGUGCCUUUCCCCCUACAAGCUACAGUUGCAGUUGCACCUCCAAAUCCAAGUUUGGUUUCUCCAAUGGCAAACCCAAACCCCUCUCCCUCACACACUCCUUCAUUUCUCCAAAACCCACCAACACCAACCUCACUUUCAAUCUUUUCCGCCUUCCUUUUCCCUCUCUUUCUCCACCUCCAACAAUUUGCAAGAUGAGCGAAUCAGAUAUUAUGUCACAACUGGAGCUUGGGAAACCUGAAGACAGAAGGAAACCACAUAAACGAGUGAAUGGAAUAUUUUGGAUUUUACUUCUGAAUUUGGGAGUGUAUGCUGCUGAUCAUGUGUUUCAGGUUCCUGCAAUGAAAAGUCUGUAUCUUUAUCAUAGUUUUCCUGAGUGGUACCAGUUUCUCACAGCAACCUUCUGUCAUGGUAGUUGGAACCAUCUUUCUAGCAACCUCUUCUUCUUGUAUAUUUUUGGAAAGCUUGUUGAAGAAGAGGAAGGAAAUUUUGCAUUGUGGCUUUCUUAUAUUCUUACCGGCGUUGGAGCAAACCUUGUUUCAUGGCUUAUUCUUCCACGGAAUGCAGUUUCAAUUGGAGCCUCAGGGGCUGUUUUUGGCUUAUUCACUAUCAGUGUCCUUGUAAAGAUGUCUUGGGACUGGAGGAAGAUCCUUGAAGUGCUUAUAUUAGGCCAAUUUGUUGUAGAGAAGGUUAUGGAUGCAGCCCAAGCUUCUACGGCAAUAUCGGGUGCGUUUCGCGGAGGCUCUUCCAUGAGUAGCAUCAAUCACAUUGCUCAUCUAUCUGGUGCUCUUGUUGGUGUCAUGCUGGUAUGGCUGCUCAGUAAAGUUCCUUCAGAACCUACAUAAUCAAGAUCAAGUAUCAACCUUGAAUAGGAAAACAGGCAUCAAAUAGAGUGAAAAUAUUUGUUUACAUCUGAUUAUUUUGAUUACAUUGAAAAUUAGAUUGAUAUGUAACUUGAAUUUGGAGCAUCAAUGAUUCAGUUGACAUGGUGAAAAAUGAUAAUAAAAAGUAAUUUAUUAUAUUUCUGUUAGAAAA